ACAAUAAUUCUCAGGCUACGAUUACCCCUCCUACUUCCUCACCUUCGUCAUCACAUUCUUCGAAGCUAGCUUCGGUUCGUCGUCACUUUCUUUGAAGCUGAGGCUUCCGGGGCCAAACCGGAGAAAGGGGUUCGCCGGGGAAGAAAUCAUUUUGUCACUGACGAAACAUGGCUGAGUCCACUGGCUGUUGCAAGUGCUGUCUGAGAUUGAUGAUAAGUAUAGGUGUCCUGUCGCUGGUCGUGUGGCUAACUCUGCGAGCUGACAAACCCAAAUGUUCGAUCCAAUACUUUUACCUCCCUGCUCUCAACAAAACCUUAAAUACCCCAACAAACAGUACCCUCUACUUUCUGCUCAGGCUGGACAACGGCAACAAGGACAAGGGGAUUUACUAUGAUGCUCUUAACCUCACCUUUCAUGACAAUCCCAAUAGAUCACUGUCGCAUCUGAUUGGGAGCCAUACCAUUCCUGGGUUCUACCAGGGGCACCAAAAAAAGGCCAAGAAGGGAGGGGAUGUGCAGGUCAAUACCACACUGGUUUCCCGGUCGGGUUUUCCAAAUGGGCCGGCGAUUUUCCGGGUGGAUUUGGCCACGGCGGUGAGGUUCAAGAACAUUUUCUGGAAGUGGAAGACCAAGAGGCGCCAGUUUGUGGUAGCGGCAAACGUGGAAGUCAACGACCAGGGUACUAAAGUCAACAAGAAAGGUAUCAGGCUCAAGUCCGGCGCACCGGAGAAUCCGUACUGCUAUCGUGCGCAGUUGGGGGUUUUGGUUGGUUUGAUGGUAUUGGUUUUGCUUAAUUUUCGUUGACUUUUCAUGAUUUCAAGGCUUCUGAAUGUUGAUUGUUUUCCCCUAAUUUCACGAAAUUGUUUGUAUUGCUUAACGUAGGAAGAAAAUGUUGUUGUUUGUAAGAGCGGCUACAACCUUUUUUCUUUUCUUCUGGGCAGCCGAUACAACAUGUUUAUAUGAAGUAUGAACAAAUGCGUGUAUCUUUGCAAAA